GCCGGAAGUGCGACACAGGGCCUGUUGUUGUCGUCGGCAGUGGCCUGAAUCCUGCUCGGGCGCCGGGACGAGAGGGUGCUGAUUUUGCCGAUGAAGAUCGGGAAUUCCUAAACUCAAGGCAGUGUAGAAUCUGGAGCUGUGCAAAACAUGAAUCCGCCUGCUUCUGAGGAAUCUGCUGGUGUGGUGGGCCGCGAUGAACCAAAAAAGAUGACACGCGAAGACUGGAGAAAGAAGAAAGAAUUAGAAGAGCAGAGAAAGCUUGGUAAUGCUCCUGCAGAAGUUGAUGAAGAAGGAAAAGACAUCAAUCCACACAUUCCUCAGUAUAUAUCAUCGGUUCCAUGGUAUAUUGAUCCUUCCAAAAGACCUACUCUCAAGCAUCAAAGGCCACAAGUUGAGAAAAUAAGGAAAUACAGUUCGAUCGGAGAGUGGUACAAGAAGGGUGUACAGGAGGGUUCCUUGGUUACCAAAUACAGAAGAGGUGCAUGCGAAAAUUGUGGAGCAUUAACACAUGUGAGAAAAGAUUGCAUGGAAAGACCUAGAAAGGUAGGAGCAAAAUUUACCGGUAUCGGCAUUGCUCCAGAUGAGCAUAUGCAGCCAACACUUGCGUUCGACUAUGAUGGAAAGCGUGAUCGUUGGAAUGGUUAUGAUUCAGAAGAACACAUGAGGAUUGUGGAGGAGUAUUCAAAAGUUGACUUGGCCAAGCGGACUCUUAAAGCUCAGAAACUACAGGAAGAGCUAGCGUCUGGGAAGUUGGUAGACUAUGUGAAUUCUUCACGAUCUCAGCAGGGAGAAGAAGAUCAUAAUUCAGGGGAAAAGGACAACAGUGAAGAUGAGGAUGAAGAUAAGUAUGCUGAUGAUAUUGAUAUGCCUGGGCAGAACUUUGACUCCAAGAGAAGAAUUACAGUUAGAAAUCUCCGCAUCCGUGAGGACAUUGCAAAAUAUCUCAGAAACUUGGAUCCAAAUUCGGCGUACUACGAUCCGAAAACAAGAGCCAUGAGAGAGAAUCCGUAUUCGAACACUGGCAGAAAUCCAGAUGAAGUUGGGUACGCAGGAGACAAUUUUGUGCGUUACACGGGUGACACGGUCAGAAUGGCCCAGACACAAUUGUUUGCCUGGGAGGCGUAUGAGAAAGGUUCAGAGGUUCACCUCCAAGCUGAUCCUACAAAGCUUGAAGUCCUUCAUCAGUCCUUCAAAGUUAAGAAAGAAGAGUUUGAGAAACAACAAAAAGGAAGCAUUUUGGAGAAGUAUGGAGGCCAGCAACACCUGAAUGUCCCACCACGGGAGCUGUUGCUAGCUCAAACAGAGGAUUAUGUAGAGUAUUCAAGGCAUGGUGCUGUCUUGAAGGGUCAAGAGAAAGCGGUUGUAAAGUCCAAGUAUGAGGAGGAUGUCCUGAUCGGUAACCACAAAUCUGUAUGGGGAUCCUACUGGAAGGAGGGGAAAUGGGGGUACAAAUGCUGCCAUUCAUUUAUCAAAACUUCCUACUGUACUGGCGAAGCGGGGAAGCAGAUUGUUGAGGAGGAUGACGUGAACUGCCUUCCUGAAAUUCCAGAUUCUAACCAGGAAGCAUCUGAGAGUGUACCAAAAAGUUUAGUUGAGAUACAUAAAGAAAAGCUUAAAGCAGAAAAGAAGAAGAAAAAGAAGAAGCACAAGAAAAGUCAUGGCUCAGAUAGUGAAGAUGAAGAUGCAAAAAAGAAAGAUAAACUGAACAAGGCCCUGCUAGCUGAAGAAGCUCGUUUGAAGCAGGUUGAACACAUUUUGCAAAUGGAUGAACGCAAACGAAGUUACAAUAGCAGAUACGAAACAAAAGAGCCCACAGAGGAAGAAAUGGAGGCGUACAGAAUGAAACGCCAGAGACCUGAAGAUCCUAUGGCUACAUUUCUUGAGCAAUAAGAAUCACACCUUUUCAAUCUCAGCUCAUGUUGAUGCCUCAUUUAUGCUACAGAAGAUUAAACUUAAAUUCAAUUCAAAAUUUAUUUGAUGACUUCUUUUGAAGGAUUACAUAAUAUAUGUAAUAUUUGCUGUGUGGUGAAACUGCCAUUUUACAUUGUCUAACUCUUAUAUGUCCGGUUUAGAGAAAUAGAUUUCUAUUCUAAGAUUUUCUCUGAUAAUGUAAGUCAGCAUUAUGUUCUCCAAGUAAGUUGAAUUCAUUUGUAUGUGAAAUACAUAUUUCUUAAGGUGAAAAUCUGCCAAUUCAUUUCUUGUUUUACCAUAAGUUCUCAACCUUGAAAU